AUGCCACGCUCAUCUGCUGCGGGUAGGAAGAACCAGAGCAAUCGACACGAGAAUGGCCUCGUCGGCCCCGGCAAGAAAGUAACCAAACAGAAAUCCAGUAGCCACCUCAACGGCUCGCCUGCCAACGGCGCCGCUUCCGCGGCUGCCUCCGCGCCUCUCGACCUGGCCGCCAAUCGUUCCACAAGCGAUACCGCGGUAACCUCUUCAGUAGCCGGCGUCAAGGGUGCGGAUGGGUCGAAGACGGAUAGCAAUGGCCGUAUGAUGGCGAAUGGGCAUAGCAAGGGUGUGGAUAUGGCAUCGGGCCAGGCUAACGGUGUUGUGCCGCAGAAUGGUGGCAUGACAGGCACGGCUUCUCGCAUUGGCUCCGGAAAACGAUCUGGGUCAAACGCUUCAAUCAACCCGCUUCAACUCGCGUCCACCAUCCUCAAAUCCUGCCCCAUGUACGACACUAUCGCCAUUUUGAUUUUUCUGCUACAACUCCCGCCGAUGGUCCUUACGCUCGUUCAGUUCUUGUUCGCAUCCUUGACCUUCAUGCCUCCCAGUGGCGCUGCCGCCGGAUCUCUGUCUGCAAACUUCGACAUUUUUCAGGGUCCCGCUGGUACACCAUCUCUAGGGACGAUGAUGGCCAUGGAUACGUUCUGUCUUCUCUUCUGGGGUCUCUUUAUGUGGACUUGGGCUCAGAAUUUCGCAAUCGAUCUCGCCCAUGUCCAGGUCGCCAUUACGCUAGGCGGCGGAGGAUCCGGAAAGAACGGCGGGGUCAAUGGUUUCUGCGUUGGAAUUGUUCUGCUUCUUCAUAUCAUUCGCAGCAAGGGCAUUCAAGAUUUUGUGAUGGGACACCUCGUUUCCGCCAAAUUCAUCAGUCCGGAUCUGCUUUCUCAAUUCUCGAGUCUCCUUCCCGCCGAAUUCCGACGUACCGAAGCAUCAACGUCUCCGAGUUGGCUAAGGAGUCUUCUCGCCGUACAUAUAUUAGCACAAGCGGGGACGGCCAUGGCACGACGUUCGAUGGCGAAGAAUCGGGCUCCUGCACCUUCGAGGAGUGGUAAACGCGGGGAUACGGAGGCUUCUGCGGGCUCGCAGGGUCAGCCGGACUCUGCACUCGAGUCGGCUGCUAGUCUUUCUACUUCUCUUGUGGGACCAGAUGGCCAAUUUGUCAAAGAUGGCAAGGAUCGUUUAACUUCAGCCAAGAAACGCAGGAGGCAAGCCAACCAAGUUCGAAGUCGCCAACCGUUUUGGGCCGCUCUCGCCAGUACAAAGGUCACCAUCAUGCGAGAAUACGAGCACUCACGAGCAUCUUCAAAAACGACGUGUGGUAUGACAAUGACCGAGGAGGAUCUGCAAGGUGUUUCACUGGAUGAUGGAUUGGUAUGGAUUACGGAUGUGGAUAGUUCUUCGAUCAAGUUUGCCGCCGGCGAUCUCAGCGAUGAUGGCUCUAGUGAAGUUGAACGCUUAGAAGGUGAUGUGGAGCCGUUUUACGUUUGCGUGAACGGGGCUCUUUGGGCUACUGCAACCAUUGUUAGGGUGUCAGAUUCCUCAAAGGGGCCAAGCAUGGUACAAUGGCGGGGCGAAGUCUCCGGUCUUGCCCCCAAUUGUGCUUAUACGUGCUCCUUUGUGCGCAGCGAUACUGACGAGGAAAUAUGCGUCAUGAGCGUCAAAACACCUGCGACAGCUGAUGCCGAACAAGCUGUUUCAGCAGUACCGACACCCCCACAGCCACUCUAUAGACCUUCCUCUCCUUCGACGACGCUGAAGAAUUCCAUCAACAAUGCCGAGGCCAAAUUGAACGAGAAGCGUUCGCGAUUGAAAAAGACAAAGAAUGAUCACAAGCUUCUCAUUUCGAGAAUUCGAAAGGAGCUAGACAAUUACAACAAUCGCUUGCAAAGCGGUACCGAUGAGAACAAACAAAAGCAGCGCUCACUUCAACUGGAGCGAAACAUUCGACAAACGGAGGAAGCCACCACGGCGCUCGAAGUACAAUUAGACAGCAUGGAGAACAUUCCAGAGGAAGAAGUGGAGCAGUGGAAUGCGCAAAAGGCCGACUUUGAUCGGGAACUGGAGCGGUUUAACCAGGCAAAGGAGGAGUUACAGGAGGCCCGCCUUGCUGCAGCCCAGCAGGUUUCGUCGCUGGAGCAAGAACUGAAUAUGACUAUCCAGAAGCGGGAGCGUCUUCAGGGUCGCCGGACUCGCGUCAAUGAGCAGUACGAGCGCAUAAUCUCUGCCAAUGCCCAAGGAUUGAAUGAGCGCGAACGUCGCGCUGCUGAGCAGUUUGCUCGGGAGCAAGAUCAAGCCAAGAUGGAGAUAAGUUUCCAUGAGCAAUUCGCGAGCAUUAGCCAAUCUGUGCAAGAUUUUCAACUGCGUACCGGUCAGCUUUGGCAGCAGGCAUCUGCGAUCGAGCAGUCUAUCCAACAGCAACAGCAACAGAUGCUUAUGGACUCUGGUCCCCUUACUCCCGAGGGUAAUCUGCCAGGAACAAAUCCUCUGGCUGAGAUAAACACGUCUACUGCAAAUGGUCCCAAUGGCCGCUCGCUGUUGGCACUCAGCUUUCCUCCAGCCAGGUCUAGUCCUCUGCAGGCUUCCUCACCAGUUCAUGCUACAUCUUCGCACCCGACCAGCCCUGUACAAGACGCAUUCAUGUCCCAGUUCCCGACUUCUCCGUUCGGCAAUGGAAAUUCGUACUUCGGAUCUGAAAUCAAUAAUCGAGACCGCUCGUUCUCGAACCGUUCUACCCGCAGCAGCUUGUAUGGCUCGGAGUUUUUCGAGCCUAAUCGCUUUCCGUCUCUUCAAUUCGACCUGGCCGAGUUGAUGUCUGAAAAGCAACAUUCUGGCUCGGAUAACAACAGUUUCCUGUAUCAGACUGGCCGUCCUUCGUUGAGCCCCUUUCAACGAGCAACAAGUCGCGGUAGCGGAGCCGGCAGUGGCAGUGGUAGCGGUGGCAGCGGGAGCGGCAGUGGAAGUGGCAGUCCCAAGUCUGCGCGCGAUUGA